AUGUUUCAUAUAAAACUAAAUGAUAUAAAAACUGAGAAAGAGAGAAGAGAAACAAAGAAUUCUGAGAAAUCAGAACGGGAAACUGAAAUGCCUGAAAAUAAACAUAGAUGGAGUAAUGAUCCCAGUUAUCACUAUAUGGGAUGCUCUUGCCCUCUUCUAUAUGAUCAACAUUGGCAAACUUCUGGAGUCUUUGACUUCGCUCGAUCAGCAGACAAAAUGAGGAAUUCAACACUUAAACCAGUUGGCAAGAUAGGUUUUAAUUUUAGAGCCAAUACCCGAGGAUGUCAGGACAAUCAGGAACAUAAAAAUCAAGGACCAAAUCCAACCGACAACAAUAGCUGUAGCGUGAAAAUUAGAAGGACAGAAGAUGAAAAUCUCGUUCAGGACUGGGAAUUUGAAAAAGAGUCUAGAGUUCUGGCCAUUUGGGAAUUGUGUGAAAACGACCACAUUGUUCUAUCUAGCAUCAUGGAGACAGGAACUACCAAUCAGAACUCGUGUGAUAAAGACAGUAACUCAAGAAAUGAUUCCACCUUGCGCGAAUUGCCACCUAACCAUGAGUCACAACACAUUCAGGAUGUGACCUCACUUCUUGAUAAUUACUGCUUUUGGCUUAAAGUUCCUGAUGGUGUUAUUUAUCUUUGGUCUCACUUAGACGAUAUCCUGGUACAUGGAAGAGAUAAUAUAAAGGAAGCUUUAAAAAAUUAUCUUUUUCAUCAGGAAAAUCUUCGUUAUGUCGAUGAGAAUAGUCUCGAAUUGAUCCCAUUGGAUAAAUAUGAUGAAGAAGCUGAGGAAUGGGCAAAAUCACCCGAGGCUUAUGUUAAUAUUGAU